AUGGUGAUUAGUUAUGUCAAUAAAAUGGCACUGCUGAAUAUCUCGUUGCUUAAUGAAAUUAACUGGUUCUUGAAGACCGCAGAGAUGGCUCGAGUGUACGGAAUUCAAUUUUAUGAGGUGUGGAGCAGAGGUUCUCAAUUGCGAGUUGAAUCGAUGAUGUUCCGACUAGCACACACGCAGGGAUUUGUGCUGCCUUCUGUUACACCUCUGCAGAGAAUACAAAUGGAAGCUCCCGAACAACUGCAGCUCAUCAUGGAACCGCUCUCAAAAGUGUACUUUGAUCCAGUCAUUGUUCUAGAUUUCCAAGUAUGA